CGACAUGGCGGCCGGGAGCCGAUUUCGCGCUGCGGCGGCCUGGUCCUCGUCGUUGCAGUCGUCACGUCGUGCCUUCUCGGCGCGAACGCCCUCUCGCCGACGGCUCGAGUUUGCCGCGAGCCUGCGCGACUUCACGCCGCACGAGGGUACUGCGGACGUCGGCGAGACAAACCUGCCGCCCUACCUCACCUCGGCGCAGCUCGACGGAGCAGGCCGCGGCGUCUACAUGGAGACGUACGGCUGCCAGAUGAACGUGGCGGAUACCGAGGUCGUGCGGUCCGUGCUGCAGGGCGCGGGCUACUCGCACGCGGCGUCGCUCUCCGGCGCGGACGUGGUGCUGCUCAACACGUGCGCGAUCCGCGAGAACGCCGAGGCCAAGAUCUGGGCGCGGCUGCGCGCCAUACGCGCCGAGCGGCGGAAGGAGGCGGCGGGCUGGCGUGCGCGCGGCGGGUUGCGGCCAACGCGGCCUGUCGUCGGGCUGCUUGGCUGCAUGGGCGAGCGGCUCAAGGGGAGGCUGCUGGAGGAGGACCAGCUGGUGGACGUCGUCUGCGGGCCGGAUGCCUACCGCGCACUGCCUCGGCUGCUCGCGCAGGCGCGCGGCGGGCAGCCGGCCCUCGACGUCGCUCUCUCGCUUGACGAGACGUACGCUGACGUGGCGCCGGUGCGCGAGGGCAGCGACGGCAUCUCCGCCUUCGUCUCGAUCAUGCGCGGCUGCAACAACAUGUGCUCGUACUGCAUCGUGCCACACACGCGAGGCCGCGAGCGCUCCCGCCCCUCCUCCUCAAUUUGUGCCGAGGUGGCGCAGCUGGCGGCGCAGGGCUACCGCGAGGUCACCCUCCUCGGGCAAAAUGUCAACAGCUACGCCGACGGCGACGGGGGAGACGGAGGAGCGCUCGUGGCGCCCUCACCAACGCGGGACGGGUUUACGCCAAUGGUGCCGCCGCCAAAGGCGAGCCUGCGCUUCGCAGGCUUGCUAGACACGCUCUCGGCGGCGCAUCCCGAGGUCCGCUUCCGCUUCACCUCGCCCCACCCGAAGGACUUCCCCGACCAACUGCUCGAGGUCAUCCGCGACCGGCCGAACGCGUGUGCGUCGCUUCAUAUUCCGGCACAGUCUGGAAACGCGGCACGGCAAGGCGACUGCAUGACUAGGCGCGGCUACUCGCGCGAGACGUACAUGCGGCUCAUCGAGCGCGUGCGCGAGGUCCUUCCAGGAGUGGCCAUCUCAUCCGACUUCAUCUCCGGUUUCUGCGGCGAGACUGAGGCCGACCACGCGGAGACGCUCUCGCUGCUCGAGGCUGCUGUGCGGUUCGAGCGCGCGUUCAUGUUUGCCUACUCGCUCCGCGAGAAGACGCACGCGGCGGCGCUCAGCGACGACGUGCCGGAGCCGGUCAAGCAGCGGCGGCUGCGCGAAGUGAUCGACACGUUCAACGCCGGCGCGCGCGCGUCGAACGAGGAGGAGGUUGGGACGGUCCACCACGUCCUCGUCGAGGCGCUCUCCAAGAAGUCGGACGCCGAGUGGGCCGGCCGGACAGAGCACGGCAAGCGCGUGGUCCUCCCGCGCCGCCCGCUGCCGCAGCUGCAGUUUGGCGAGUUGUUGCCGCCGCCGCUGUCGCGCUCGGUCGGUGCGGCGGCGGGCGGCGCGGCUACCGGCGGAGGCGGGGUGGCCAGAGGCGGGGGUGGCGAGGCGGGCGGCGGCGGAGGUUGCGGUGUGGCCGAUGUGGCGCCGGGAGACUAUGUGGCGGUGCGGGUGACACAUGCUCUCUCGGCAAACACGCUGCGCGCCGAGCCGCUUGCAAAGUGCGGCAUCGCGCGGUUCGCGGCCGCGAGUGGCGGGGCGGGCGGAGGGGCGGUGUAAGGCUGCGAGGCCCGUCUCGAUGCGUAGAUUGCGUGUGGAGAGAUGAGCCGAGAGGCGAUAGCCGCUGCAGCGCGCCGCCAGCGCGGGCGAGAGAGUCAGAGAGAAGGCGGUGGGGGGGUCCGCGUCUUAGUUUUGAUUAUUGCGCGGUGGGGCAGGCGCAGUCCCGUAGAAGGU